CAAAAGAGAAUCUUACCUUUUCUUUAGUGGCUUUGAAGGCAACGCCUCUUACGCCUCUUUCACUAUAAAACAGCCAAGUGAUUAACAUCCAAUCCCUUGUUGUUUUCACUCCCUAAUCCUAUCAUCUCUCUUUUCUUCUCAUUGUGUACUACUUCUGAUUCUCCACGCCUCUAUGGAAGGCGAGGAUGGUUAUGUUCCGGUGGAAGCUAAGGAUUUUUAUAAGGACUAUAGUCCUCGAAAGACUUUCUCGCCUGAGAUUGUGGAGCUCGGAGAGGAUAUCACGAGUACUAGUGAUAUCACUCCAGGCAGCACUAGCAGAGAUAUUGUAGGUGUCAAUGAUGUUUAUGUGGCUGUUGGUAAAGAUGACACUGAUGUUCUGAAAUGGGUGCUUGAUAAUGCUGUUUCGCCUGGUUCUCGGGUCUUUCUUGUCCAUGUCUUCCCUCCAAUCACCCACAUCCCUACACCAGUUGGACGAUUAUCAAUGAGCCAAUUAAGUGAAGAUCAAGUGAGAUUUUACGUCAAUGAAGAGAAUAAUAAGAGGAAGAACCUCUUGCAGAAAUACGUCUGCUUAUGCAACAAUGCUAAGGUAACAGUGGACACAAUGCUCCUGGAGAGCAGCGACAGAACAAAAGCAAUCACUGAUCUUAUGUCCGUUCUUAGGAUCACUCACCUUGUCAUAGGAGCCAAAAGAGCACCUCAUUCAAGAGCAAUCAAUUUGGCAUUUAACAGGUUAAAUUAUGUUGUUCACGCGAUCAGGAGGAAACAAUUAUCACUAGGAGAAUUUGUUAGGAAAAGUGCACCUGGGUAUUGUCAGGUUAGCAUCAUUCAUAAAGGCAAUAAGGUAAUGGUUGAUGAACAAAGGCCUCCCCAUAGCGAAAGAAGCAUCUUCGAGUGGGCAUGCUUUCCAGUGCGUGGGAAAAAUCCCAGGAUGUCUUAAGCAGCAGCAGCAGCAGCAGCAGCACCAACAAUGGUGCGUGGUCACACCGCCACGGUUACCUGAAACAAAUGCUUCGAUCUUCGAUGGACUAUAUAUGGACAUGAAAGGCGCGCCAGAAAGUGAUCAAAUUUAUGAGAGACUAGCAACCUAUCAGCUGGAGGAUGCAGUAGUACUCGUGUUAAGUUAAUAAUCUCCUCAUGUUUGGUUAUUAUACCAAGAAUUAGAGUUGAGAAAACAGAUCGAAGAUUGAAUAUGGGAGAAAAUGAUAGCAGAGCGAGUGUCAAGCUUUUGAAGCGAUCUCAAAUGUCAACCACUGAAUAACAUAUGUUAUUGACCUAUUGAUUAUUGAA